AUGAUUAUUGGAGUCUCGUGUUUAUUCAAACCAAAGAAAAAUAAAACUGGAUAUACUAAAUUUGACCCUGAAAGAUAUCAAAGAACUGAAUUAACAUUUACUGAUAUGUAUAAAAGGAUUCUUUCAUUACAUGAAAGACCAAUGGCAGAAACAUCUGUUGCUAUUGAUAUUCCAAGAUUAGUUAGUAAACUUACAGUAAUUGAAGAAAAUAAUACAAUAUUAGAUGGAAGUAUUAUAUCAACAUCUCAUGAAGAAGAAGCAUAUGGAAUGGAAAGUACAUUAAAAGAAGUAGUUUCAUUAUUAAUAAAAAAAUUAGAUGGAAAAGAGUUUAGUGAAGAAUUUGAUAAACAAUUUGAUAUAGUUUUUACUUAUAUUCAUAAUAAUGGAAAUGGUGAUUGUGGUACAUUUUUUAAAAAAUUAUUACCAAUAGUAUUUACUGAAAAUAGUUUAUGUUUAGCUGUUAUGAAAACUUUUACACAAGCUUUAUUUGCUGCUGCAGUUGAAUAUUUACUUCCAUUAAGAUUAAAACAUCAAUAUCAUGAUGGUUAUACUGGUUGGAAAAUUUGUCUUACUAUUGAACCACAAGAAAUUAUUAUUAAACAUAUUAAAGGAGAAAAGUCUUAUAAAGAAAAUGCUUUCUCUUUUGAAUGGUCAUUGACAUAUAUUGUUGAUAGAUUAACACAUAAAAUUACAUCUGUUGAAAUUCAAAUACUCAACAUCCAAUUUAACAAUUAUCCAAUUAAUUUACAACAAGAUUUUUAUCAUCUUGUUGAUCAAAUUAAUGAAAAUUCAAGAAUUAAUUAA